CGGCCUCAAAGGAGACGCCAGGAGUGGUCAUGUGACCCUGCCUCGCUACUCGCAGGGAUGGAGCCGGAAGAGGGGGUUCCCUUGUGGCGGCUGCAGAAGCUUCCUGCCGAGCUGGGCCUGCAGCUUCUUCAUAAAAUAAUUGAUGGCAUUUGUGGCCGAACUUAUCCUCUCUACCAGGAUUAUCACAGUGUUUGGGAUUCAACAGAAUGGAUGCAUGUUCUAGAAGACAUUACCAACUUUUUCAAAGCUGUAGUUGGUAAAAAUUUAUCUGAUGAAGAGAUAUCUCAGCAGUUGGAUCAGUUGAAUUCAUCUCAUCAAGAAGCUAUCAUGAAAUGCUUAAAAAGUAGGAAAGAUGAAAUCAAGCAGGCUCUGUUGAAAGAAAUAGUUGAUAUUUCCUCUUCACAGCUACAGGAUUUUGAUUGGCAGUUAAAGCUUGCACUUUCUAGUGACAAGAUUGCUACACUACAAAUGCCACUUUUAAACCUUCAUCUAGAUGUGAAAGAAAAUGGUGAAGUCAAGCCGUAUUCUGUUGAAAUGAGUAAAGAAGAGCUGCAGAAUCUAAUAAAUUCCUUGGAAGCAGCUAAUAAGGAGAGAAAAUGCAGGUAUGAGAAUGGUUUUCUUUGCCAACUGGUUCAGAAAGACACCUCCUUUUCCCACAGUGAAUUCCUAAUGAAGCCUUGGUGAUGAGUGCUGAUUGUUCCAGGGUGGACAGAGUAUCUAGGGGCCAAUCAGGAAUGGUUGCCAGUCCCUUGAUGUACCAAGGACUUUUUGAAAUAGGAAAACCGAAACAAAACAAACAACUGUUAGAUCUCUUCAGUUCGAAUAAGGAAAUUCUUGGUUUGGAGAAAUAGAAACAAACUCAAAACUAUGCUUAUCCUUCCAGGAACUUAGUAUUUUCUGGUUUGAAGUUCUUCUGUUGAAAAGGAUUUCCUUUCAAAUGUUUGUGAAGUUGCAGCCUCUAACAGUGGAGUUUUCUGUCAGUUGAUUUCAGUUAUCUGGAAAAAGCAGGAUUUAAGCAAAAGCACAAUGUAUUCUGGACCUAGACAUUGACUUGAUUAGUUCCAACAGGGCUUUUUUUCUUAUUCAAUUGAUGUGGACCCUACUUGGCACAUUUUGGAGCCAAAAUGUCUUACAGUGAUGGCUCCCUGCACUCUUCCUGGCACUUAAAAUGCUGGCAAUAAAAGCCUUGCCUUGCUAAGUUCUUACCUGCAAGAAAGACAUUGAUCACUCUCAAAUGUUGCUAAGAAACCAAUCUAUUUCCCUACUUGCUUAGAAUUUCUGAAUUUCUGUGGAUACCAUCACCCUCUCUGGGACUGCCAGUCUGCAUGGGAACACAUCUUAUGGCAUAAUAUCCCACCAUUCCGAAGACUUUUUCAAGAAUACCAGGACUUGGGAGAAAUAUAUUUGAGAACAUUUAAUUGCCAGAUUCUCUUUUAAGUUUAACUAGCACAUACCAAACAUAUCUCAGGCCCCCAGUUGAAAAAUACUUGUCAAUACCCAGUCCAUUUAUACCAGUACUUCUUUUUACCCUUCAAAAACAGUGCCAUGGUCACCUCUGGAUCUUUCAGGCAUGAAUCAGCCAGUUGGUGUUACCAAUGUCAUUGGCUAUCUCCUCCUUUUCUCCUUCCCAUCAUUUGCGCAUUCGACUGUUUACCCUGAUCAACCAUCCAUCCAUUUCUAUUAGAAAGUAUUAGAAGUUCUGGGAACACUUGUGGAAGGAAAGAAGGUACAAGCUAAAGCUAUUGGUGCAAAUGAAGCUUCGGAUUCCCUGUGGAUUUUGAUCACGUCUUCUAUUCUUGACCCCCUCAACAGCAUGGAUAAUUUGGUAUCUGAAUAUAUGAGUAGCCACAAGUGACUGAUAAAAACGCGUCAAACUUUUCAUGGCACGGUUCCAGGAGCAGCUCGUUAAGAUUCCUGUCUCUGCUGGUGUGCUGUUCCUGAGCCCCAGGGGUGUGCAGACUUCUUGGUAGCUCCAGUCCCUUUCAGUGGGGUUGAGGCAUGAGGCAGUGAUCACAGACACCUGGCAGAAUUACACAGCUGUACACACACAAUGUCAGAGAAAGAGCAAGAGCUAAAAAGAUUCUGGUUUGGACCCAAAUCACUAGUCAUUUCACUUCAUGAAUAAAAGCGAGUGCCUUGUAAGCUUACAUUAUUUACAAUGCUCGUAUUUUUCAAACAUCCACCCAAAAGCUGAGGACCACCACACCACAGGGAACAGUUCCAUGAACUAUGUACAGAAUUUACAAGGAAGUUUACAUAAUAUUCUACAUUCCAUUAACAACUUGACCUCUGUGUUGACUGUUUGCUUUCAAGCAACAGAUAUCUUUGUUCGUUUUUCUGUCCUCCUCAUCCCAGUAACUGCUGAUGAACCAACAUGAACAAAUGCUUGCACAUUCCUUUACCCUCCCUCCUGGGAUAAAUAUUUGAUUAUAUUUGUUUAGGGGAAAAAAAAAAAAACAACUGUGGCACAUCACCCUUUGUAAAAUACUAUUAAAAAUUGUCCAUAUAAGAAAUCUUGGAGAGCUUUUCCUUCUAACAUUAUAAAUAGAUCUUUUGUUUGUUUGUUUGUUUCACUUGGCAAAUUUCGACUGAGCUCUUUCUGAAGUGAAUAUUUAUAAAGCAGUCAUUGAUUUCAGAAAGAUGGAAUUUGGUCAACAUCUCUGUGUAUUGUACGUAAUGCUUUUUAAGGAAAGCCUAUCCUUGGAUCCAUAAAACAAACUUUAUUCUCUGCA